CUCUGUUCCGUGAAGCUGCAAGAGGCAGGCGACUCAGGGACAGAUGUGAAUUCUGUCAACCCGGCUUCAGUUCAUCAAUCACACAGCUCCCUCACGGUGUGUGUAUGUGUGCGUGUGUCUGUUUGUGGAUGAACGCACACCGUGACCGGCUGUGGCUCAAGGGGAGUGUCUGAGGGGAUGGCGUAUUCUGAAGACCAGCGCUGGUGCAUUUCCAUCCUCGGCAUUAUCAGCUCCAUCAAUGUUCGGCUCUCUCUGUUUAUCUCAGCAACAUCUUCCCAGUUUUUGGACCCAGACUCUACUACAAUUCCUCCUAAAAAACCAGACCCAGUGACAUCGGAGACCGUGGUUUUCUGGGGUCUACGACUUUGGCAAGUAGUCGGUGUCUUCUCCAUAUUCAUCUUGGCCGUGAUAAUCGUUCUAUGUUGCAUCUUCAAGUGUCGGAUACCUAGGACAAAGAAGGAAAUUGAAGCCCGUUAUGCCCAGCGUCAGGCUGCAAAGAAGUAUGCCAACACUUUGGAUAACGUCCCUCCAUUAAAUGAGCUGACAGAGAUGCCGGGAGCCGCGGCAGAGGCAGAGAAAAAGGAUGAGGUUCCCACUGUCUCCGCAAGCGUUUCAGCUAACUGGUCCAAGAAAGAAGUUAAGAAGAAGGACGGGCAGAAAAAGGACAGCACUAAAAACGACAGGGACGGAUCAAAGAGCAAACCAAAGGAUGGAGAAAAUAAAAACGGAACAAGACAGAAAGGAGCAGGACAGAAACAGGCAGGGGCAAAAGGUGGGGGGAGGGCUAAUACUAAAGGACCAGGAAAUGCCAAAAGUACUGGGAAGGCAGGAGUGAAUUCCAGGGGUGGGCCAAAGAAAACACCUGCAAAAAAGACUUAAUAGAUUCAAAUGGGCAAUACAGUCAUGGUGAGCCCAAGCUGGAGAGAAUGUUGACAUGCUGAUGUUUCAAUCACUAGGCCAUAGUUUCUAAUCCAAUCAGAAAGAACAGGCUUAAAUGUCACUUCUCUACCUUGACGUGAACUAAUGUGGGAAAGUGGUGUAGGAAAGUAGCAUAUUCACACUAAUGAGAAGGAUUAUGGAGGAUACGUUUGGGGUGGAAGCUGAGGGAAUCAUCAAGGCAGUGUGCAUUUUCUCAAGGUUUUCUGUGAGUGUGAUAUAGCACAGACGAUUUUCCCCAUCAUCUUCACUCAGCGAGCAGCAGCACAGUGCUGCUGCUGACUCACAACCCCGGGUAUCCAGUUCAAUUCCGAGCUCCAGUUCCUUUUGGGCAGAUAUUGCAUACUCUCUCAGUGAUCACGGGAGUUUGCUCCCACACACCAAAGGUCUGCGAGGAGGUUAAUUCGUUACUGCAACUUAUCCCUUAGUACAGAAUUAAAGAGGAGUUAAUGGACAUCAGUGAGAGAAAACAACGUGCAGACAAACUGGGAAUUAAGGGAGAGGAAAUAGGGUUAAUGGGAGCGAUCCCCUGGGAACAAGCUUGGACCCAAUAAGCUCAAGAGCCUCCUAUUGUGUCUUUAUGUAAAUAAGAUGAAAAACUGUCAUGAUUUCUAUACUAUUCUUCUUCCUCCAAUAUUUUCAAUGUUAUUUUUUAUUUCAGCAGCUCCACACUUUAUGGGUAUUGCUCCUGUUUUAACAGCCACAAAAUAUCCUGUCCUCCCACGCUUGUCCCAUGCUGGAAGUGCGCCAGUUACAUUGGACGCAUGAGUGGUCUUACAUCUGUUUGUAUCUGUGAUAGGACAUGGGCCCAUGCCUUAUCAUUCUGUCUGUAAGUGUUUUGUGCUCCUGCCCACAUAGCAAAACAACAGAGGUUGAGCUAUAAACUGAACAUCCUUCAUUAAAUGCAACAGCUCUCAACUAACAGGAGUGACUGGAACAACGAUUUUUGAGAAGUACACCCAUAAGGUACAUUCAGUUCUUAAUGCUGCAGUUAGUCACAUUAUCUACACUUAUAUCCAUCAGGGUGUUUGUGAACUGGCUUGUGAAUGAUCUGCUAUACAGCCCACAGGAUGCAAUUUAUUUCCCAGGCAAUGCAUUAAGCCAAUUAUUCUUAAAGGGAGUGUUGGAGGAUGCUUCUGAUCCAUGCCAUUUAUUUAUUUAUUCAUAGUGGAGAUAACAGAGUAGGUCUUUGACAUGAUUCUGUUAUUUUCCCCCGGAUUGUGAGGUCAAGUUUUGCCUUCUCCAGCACUGCGCACCAUAUUCUAUCCCCAUUCUCAGGAUCCUCAAGGCUUAUAAAUGCUGCCCACAGUUCAUGAUCCCAACGAGUUGACAGAUCAAAUGUCCAUGGUCCUGUUCCCAUUUCUAGCCCCAUCAUCUACAGCUAUUUGGACUUCCAUCAGUUUCUACAGCAGGUGAAUAUUUUUAGAUGAUCAGGCUAGAUUGGUUUAGUAAUGCAAUCAUGCCCCAAUCCACUGAGUUGAAGAUGUGAAACUGGCUGUUUUACCCAAGCAACAAGAGGGUGUAAGACUAUGAGCGUUUCUGGCAGAACUGAGAGCAGGCAAGAGGCCUGAUCGAGACAGCUACAGCAGGUAAAAGCAGGGCAAGAGAGCACUGGGAAGCAAAAAUGUGGCUGCAAAAAUUCUUGGGUUGGGAGAAAAUGAAAUGAAAAGGGUAACAGAGAAUUUCCAUUUAAAUGUUUAUAGAAUCAUAUGGUCAUAAAAUAAAGAAAUGUGCCCCUCAGUCCACCCCAUCCCUGUUAACUUCUCCAUCCCUCCAUCUGAUCACAUUGUCCUUCAUUAGGACUGUAUUUUUCUAUGACUUCCCUAUUUCAGUAUCUGUCAAAAUGCCCCUGAAACAAAUCAAUUGCAUCUGAUUCCAGGACUUCCUUCUGACAGAACAUUCCAGAUAUCAACCACUUCCUGUGACUGACAGGGAAGAUUGAUUUAGCAAACUGACACCCCAUUCACAAGAUCCAGUAGAACUCCAUGUCCCUACUGACAAGCGAGCCUGGUUAAUUAAUAAAUUUGCACUCCAUUAAAAGAAAUGGAUAUGAAGGCAGUGAAAUUCAUUAUCCCAAUCUGAGUUUGUGGAUGCAUGGUAGAAUCAAACUUUGAACUUGUCUCAAACUUUCCAGCCAAAUGACAUUCUCUAUCUUCAAUGUAAUUUAUAAACAACCGUUCAUUUGUUGCUUUGUAUUUAUUUUAUGUACAAUGAUUAAUUUUGCAUUUAAAUGCAGCUGAGAUUUUUAGCUCAUUUUGAGUCUAAGGAAUAGCCCCACAUCACAGUGAAUUCUACAAGUGCACUGAUAUAAAUGUAGAGCCAGCUUUAAAUAAA